CAAGAACCGAACCCGAUGAAAGGUUAUCAUGCCCAUAUGCAUCGAAUGCCGUUAUCCGGUCACCACAUUAUACACAACCUACAGCAAAGCCGAUGACAAAGCGCUGGGCAAGGGUGUACGCUUGACACAGUGUCCGCGAUGUAAGCGCUUCGCGGAUAAAUAUGUUGAGCAUGAUUUCGUCGUGCUUUUCAUCGACUUGGUCUUGAUCAAGCCGCAGGUCUACAGACAUCUGCUAUUCAAUCGACUUGGCAGAGAAGAUGGGCGAUUCGAUCCCUCGAUCAUCCGCUUGGGAAUCCUACUACUGCUAUUCGACGUCUACCUGACUUGGGCACGGAUCGAGAAGGCCACAUCAGACUCGCCUUCUCUACCACUGUCGCCGCCACCACCACUUCCCCCAUUCCCGUCAGGCACAGCAAAUGAUUCGUCCUUGACAGGGAACAGCACUUCCGAUGGACUUGAUGCCAGCAGCCCUCUAGCUGCUCAGCCGAUCCUGGUGCAGUACAUCUUCUUCCUGGUGCUGUGCACGCUGGAGUCCGCGUCAUUCCACUUACCAAUACGAGCUUUGCUGUCAACACGUCUGCCACGGCCGCUGUCUUCACUGGUUCCGCACUAUCCACAUCCGGCUCUAAUCAGCACUGCGUUACUGGUAUCUAGUUUCACGAAACUGUUUCCGCUCAUGCUUCUGGUGUGGAACUAUGAUCUACCAAGCAGCGCAAGUGCUGUCUCGUGGGCCGUCAUCAUCAACAACGUGGCAGCUCUGGAAAUUUUGCUUGAUUGUGGGUAUGUGAGAGCUGCGGGUCUAGCUGCUGUUGGAGCUGUAUGCCGAGCAAGUAUAGGAUGGUGCAUCUUGCGCGCAGUCGGCGUAGGUGGAGGCGUUGCUGCUGCAGGAGUAGUCGAGACUGGCGACCUUAUAGAGGUAUGGCGCACGCUCAUGGAGACAGUUGGGCUGGGAUAGUGCAGCGAUAUUCAUACACUUGGUAUCACAGUACACAUUUCU